AAACGUCUAGUAAGCACUAGUCAGCACAUAUUAUAUAGACACAGAUGUUAGAUCAGAUUAUAUAUAUAGACAUAGACCAAUAAUCUGUUUAUUAUUCAUAUAGCUGCGUAGCUGUCAGGCUAUAAAUAUAAAAAUAAAUAAAAAAUAUGUGGGUUUUUGGCUAUGGAUCCCUUGUGUGGAAAGUUGAUUUUAAAUAUGAGUCAAAAACUGUUGGGUAUAUCAAAGGUUACCUUCGCAGAUUUUACCAACAUAGUAUCGAUCACAGAGGUGUGCCAGAAAAGCCAGGAAGAGUGGUUACUUUGAUUCCCAGUAAAGAACCCAAUGCUGAAGUUUGGGGAGUAGCAUACAAAAUAGCUAGUCAAGACAUAGAAAGUGUAACAAAACACUUAGACUAUAGGGAGAAAAAUGGAUAUUCUAAGAAAACUGUUACAUUUUAUCCUAAAGACAUUAAAAUUGAACCAUUUGAAAUAACACUUUAUGUUGCAACUAAAGAAAAUGAAUCAUUUGCAGGUCCAGCAUCUAUUGAAGAUAUUGCUAAGCAAGUAGUGAGUUGUGCAGGUCCCAGUGGUACAAAUAAGGAAUAUGUCUAUCAAUUAGCUGAUGCAAUGAGGCAGAUAGUAGCGGGCGCUGAUGAUGAACAUCUAUUUGCUCUAGAAAGGGCUGUGAAGCAACUUGCUAGUGAUUAAGGUUCAUAAUUUAACUAGCCAAUUAAAAAAUAUAUAUAUAUAUUUGUAGUUCACUA